AUGGGCACUGUGCAAGCCAGCUUCGAUGGGGACUCAACUUUCUCAAAGGUUUCAACUUUACAUGGCCCCGAAUCAGCUCUGGGUAAGACGGACAGAUACAGAUGCGAAAGUGCUCCGAGCUUCGCGACUCGCGAAUUCGAGACCUGCCGGGAUCCGUUGUUAUCACUUAGAACAAGUCUUGGGUGGUAUGGGCUUCUAAGCAUUUUCGCAGGCUCCAUUGGAAUUUUGGCGAUGAUAGGAUUCUUGUCGUUUCUCUGGUUCGGACAUGGCUCGACUCCUGAAGGAGCAAACGCUUAUCCACUCUGGCGUCGGCUUGCACUCAGCAACUGGAUGACUCGAACUAUCACAUUAUCCUCGCUUGUGCUUCGCUUCAUCAUCUCAAUUCAAUCAAUCGUGUGUACUUCGAUGCUCGCAGCCUUGAUUCUCGAAAAGCACAUUGUUCGCAAGUCUCAAGUCGCGCAUCUCUCGGUCAUGAGAGCUUUUAACAACGGCCCUUUCGGCGUCCUACAACUGCUGCUGUCCUGGAGAAAUCGAAUGCCUCUGUUUACCCUUGAGGGUUUUCUUCUACUUUUGCUUACACUUGUCACUUUUGGUCUUCAACCUACUUCUACAAUCUUACUUAUUGAUAUCUACGAUUUUACCAUCGAAGGCAAUAGCGAGACGACUACAGUACCUAGCUUGAUUCAGACCAAUCCGGAGGCCCUGGACUUUUUACCAAGCUACCAGCUGGACCAGGCUGCAAUCUACGCUGUCUUUGGUGAAGUGGCUUCUAAUUCUACAGCGGAUCCAGACACUCUCGGAUUCAGCGAUACAAAAGUGAAGCAGAGAGGGCUUCUCCCCCUGCUGGGCACAGAAAACAGGACUUCAGUAAGAAAAUACAACGGCAAUACAAUGAUCUUCAACUCAAGGGUUGUUUGUGCGCCACCGAACAUCGAUGCAACGUACCAGAUUGAUUAUACUCCGCGCGGCAGCAUCUUUGGCACUAUGGUGGGAUCAGUAGACUACGGCACAAGUCUUGAACAUGCGGGUGCAAGCUCAACUGCUCCCACUGCCCCCAGCGGAAGUACCAUCGUGGAUUUCAAUUGUGGCAUCCCAUCUGGGACAGUCAGCAAAUCAUUGGAGACUUCGUUCUGUUUCGUGGGCGGCAUUGGCUGGACGUACCCUUCCAAGGUGUCCAUCGAAACCCAAGUGCCACUUUGGAAUAUGUCUCAGCCUCCUGGGGCAGCCAAUCAAUCUAUGUAUCUCGUCUUCUCGGCGAAUCUGGACGAACAAGAAUGGUCAACGGUGACCACUGGUCAUGCUUUCGCCAAUGGGUCUAUUGACGGGGAAUGGCAAAGCUUCGAAGUGAUGGCUGAUAGGUUCAUCAAAAUCUCUCUUUGCUUUGCAGCCUACAAUUUCGAGCGGUCGCUUGUCGAGAUGAGCGCUUUGGGAAUGCCAAAGGAACCCCAACUACUCAUGGACCUGGUGACUGAUGAAGCCCAUAAUACGAGCGAAGUUCAACAAUAUAUCGGUGUCAGUGAGCCCCCAGAAACUGCUGCUCAAAGAGGCAUUCUUCACAUGAACGUCUUGUCUCCUUCCAUACCUCCUAUCACCGACAUCGAGAGCACCACCGCUACGCUUUUUUACUUGAACCAAAUACUUACAUGGCAACUCACAAAAUCUCGCACCCCAAACCAGACAUUCUUAACUUGCUGGACAUGCGCAGCAGGCGGGACAAGCAUCCAUCCAUCGUAUAGCACCCUGUUUCAAGAUAUCAUCAUCGCAAGCAAUCGAUCUGCAAAUGUAAUUCAGAGCCUCAUAAGCACAUUAGCUUUCACGAUAUACUAUGACACCGUACCAUCAUUCACACAGGCGGAAGAAGUGAACCUCGCUAUCACACAGGUGGUUCAAGCACCGGGAGAGUGCCAUCAAGGCUGCACAGGCUACAUCUCUAUCAUGACUCUUCUUGGUGUGCAUUUGUUAUGUGUCACGUUGACCACUCUCCUUCACCGUCGACAUAUUAAAUAUUCACGGUAUGGGAACUUGUGGCAUACGAUCUCCCAAGUCGCGUCGAAGGAGUUGAAGGAGAAUUUUGAUCAAGCUAACCAAGCGGACGACAAGACUAUUAUGUCAAAAUUGAAGAUUCAAGGGAAGGAUGACUUGGUUAAGCUCGGAAAAAUUCGUGGUGGACAUAAAGUGGAAAUAAAGAAAUUGUGA